UUUAUAUAUAUGUAUGUAUAUAUUCCUUCUCCAUAUAUUAUACCAUAUAGUAUUCAUCAUCUCAUAAAAAAAUAAUGAAAAAUCUUGCCACCAAUAUAAUCCACUAUUGGCUAGUUGGCCACCCAAUAGUCAAUCAAUUUGAAUUUAAGCAUGGACAAACUUUUGGUGCUACUUUGUUAUUUCCCAUAAUAUCGAUCUUAAUUUAUUUGUCUUUCACUCUAUUAUCUCUCCGUUUUCCAUCACUCCUUCCCAUCGUUUCCACCACCACCCUCCGUUGUAUCACUGCCACUCACAGCCUCAUCCUUUGUAUCCUCUCGCUUAUCAUGGUCGUUGGAUGUGGCGUCUCAAUCAUCCACGAGAUGGCCGCCAACGUCCAUGAUUGGAAUUGGAUCAUUUGUUAUAAUAGGUUAAAUUACGAAAAUGUCAUUCUUCGUGGACCCAUUUUCUUUUGGUGCUACGUAUUUUAUCUUUCCAAGAUUCUUGAAUUUUUAGACACCCUUUUGAUCAUACUAAGUAGCUCGAGAUCUCGACGUCUCUCGUUCCUCCACGUGUACCACCAUGCAUUGGUGCCACUCGUUUGUUAUUUCGAUGUUGCAAUUGGCCAGUCCAUGUGGCAUGUUGGGGUGAUCACUAAUGCUUCUGUUCAUGUACUAAUGUAUGCUUAUUAUUUCUUGUCUGCUAUUGGGAAAAGGCCAAAGUGGAAGAAAUUGGUGACUAAUGUACAAAUUGGUCAGUUCAUGUUUUGCAUUAUGUGUUUUGGGGCACUGAUGUAUUAUCACUUCACAACUGAGUUUGGGUGCUCUGGAAUUGGUGUUUGGUUCUACACUUUUAGUUUUAAUGUUUCACUUUUAGUACUUUUUCUCAACUUUCACUUCAAGACCUAUGCCAAGAGUAACACCAAGAAACCAUGAAAAGACAUAAGUAUACAUAUAUGUUGUGACUUAUGAGCUAUAUAUCACUGUGGUUGAUUAUAAAUUAAUCAGUGCCUAUUUGUAUUGUUUUAGUACUUCUAUAGGGCUUGGAAGUUAAUUAGUGAAAGGAAAAACGGAAAAAUAUAUUUUCGAAUUAUCAUAAAUGUAUGCAAAUAUUCUCCGUCAUAUUUUUCGGACAUUGGUGCCCCUGCCGUCUAAAAACUAGAGCAUAUAUAUACCUUUAUACUAACAA